AGCAUGCUGUGUUAGUAAUUUAUUCUGAAUUUAACAUUAUACGCUGCAGAGUGUUGAAAGAAAUCACAAGUGGAUAGGCAUGAUACAGCCAUGGUCAAUAAUUACGGGCCGAAGGGACUCGUAAUGCAGCGCAUCGCUUACUUUGCAACGUGCCAUGAACUUGGAGGGAUAAUGGGGUGCAAGCCGUUGGCCUGUCCUUGGAAGAGAAACCCUCCUGCUAACCAGACCCCAUUCAGCUCCUGGGCGUUUCUACAACCAUGUAGCUCCCGUCCGCUGGAAGGGACACAGUUCUCUAAUUGCACCUUGCAUAAUCUAAGGAGACAAAAUACGCUAUUUGUCUGUCAGAGAUUCAGACAGUACAGCAGCGACAGUGACAAUGAGCCCAAGAAGUCGAGACGACCAGCCAUCUCUGUCGUGGGCAUUCCAGAUCCCAUCUCAUGGAUACGAAAUAAAAUCAUAAUGGUCUUCAUUGAACUCUAUUUUGAUAUAAAUAUUUCUAGCGUGGAAUUUGAUACUGGAGUGAAGCAGGCUGUGGUACACGUCUCUACAAUGGUCUCCAAUGGCAAGUUUGAGGAUUUGAGGGGUGUUAUGUCUGAUGAGGCUGUUGAAAGAGUCAAGACGAAAUACAAAGUUUUAUCAGAUGUCCAGAGAAGAAACAUAGCUAUCUGUUCAGAUGAUAUUGUGUUUUUACUUCCUGAAGACGUCUCUGUGAUCUUUGAUAAUCGAGGGAGGAAAUUUUGUUACGUCUUGAUGCGCUUGUGGCACCUGUCAGAUGCAGAUAUCCCUGAGGACCCUGAGAGCACACGGAUCUUCAGAGUAGAGAACAGCGGAGAGGACCCAUCUAAGAAGAUUGUGACCGCUGUGUAUGAGUUUCACCAGGAGCUGACCAGGGGAGUCGAACCAGACUGGACGGUGACACACAUCUGGCACUGGAAACAGCUGGAGUGAUGUGCAAGCCUCAUCAAAUGGCGCCUCACAUGGAGGACAUUCUGGAUGUCCGCCACACUCCCAUUUUCUCUCUGCACCCUCACGCAAAACUACUGUACACUAACCAGAACUCUUCCAAAGUCGACCUCAGGAUUAGUCACCACUGACAGAACCUCAACGGAACCAAGCCCCUCCUGCAAAAACAUUAAUAACGCUGGACUGCACAAGAUGCUUGGCCAGUUUGGUGUGGAGUGAUAUCUUGUAUAAUUCCUGUGUGUUGUUUCAAGUGUACACUUGGAACACAUUCAAUUUCUCUUUACCUCAGUUUGGAAAAAAACUUUUUUUGUUGUUGCAAAAGCUUGUUACAAGUGGGCUUAAUGUCAUACAGUUACACACAGAUUGCUCAAACACAAUAAAUUAUUUAAUGGGUUAACCCAAUUUGUCUCCUGUGUUUACAAUAGACUGCAUACAGCAUUUAGUGGCACAACUUUAAACUCAACAACUUGUAUGGCUAACCGAAUGUUCUAUUUACUCUGGGCAUGUACUGUGGAGGACUGAACUUGUGAUGGAGGUUCAUCCUCAGGUGAGCAGGUUUGGAAGCAUGGGACUAGUACAAAUGGAAUCACUCAUUUCACAAAACGGAUCACAGGCUACUCACACAAAAACACUAUUCUAAUAGGUCAGUCUGUUUAAAUUCCUUUUGGAAAUGCAUAGUUAUUGUUAAUGAAGGUUUUAUUCUGUCAAUAUGCCUCAAUGCAGGCCUAUUAAUGCAAAGAUCAUCCAACGUUUUUUUGUCAUUAA